CGGCUCCCGGAUCCCGCGGCAGCCGCCGCUCGCACCGGAUCCUCGGCCUUGUCCUGCGCCGCCACCGCCGGUUCCCGGUCAGCAGGGAGGUGGGGAGUCCCCCGUCCCCGCCGCCUGCCGCAGCCCCGCCAUGCCGUCCAACAAAUCCGUCUCGGACGCGCCCAUCGUCCAGUUCACCAACUGCCGCAUCCUGAGGAGCCACCGGCUCCAGAGGGAGGACCUGUGGGUGCGAGAGGGGAAAAUCCUCAACCCAGAGAAACUCUUCUUCGAUGAGAAGGGCUCUGCCGACAUCCAGGUGGACUGUAAGGACAGCAUCAUUGCUCCGGGCUUCAUCGACGUCCAGAUCAACGGAGGCUUUGGGGUGGACUUCUCCCUGGCUACAGAUGACUUCAAAUCAGGGAUUGACCUGGUCAGUCAGAAAGUCCUCUCCCAUGGAGUGACCUCCUUCUGUCCCACCCUGGUGACCUCUCCUCCAUCUGUGUACCACCAGGUUCUGCCCCAGAUCAGUAUAAGAAAUGGUGGAGCCCACGGAGCAGGUAUCCUGGGGGCUCAUCUGGAAGGACCGUUCAUCAGCAAGGAGAAGAAAGGGGCGCACCCAGAGCACUGCCUCUGCACCUUCGAGGGAGGUGCCUUCCAGGACCUGCUUGCCACCUACGGGUCCUUGGACUGUGUCCGGAUAGUCACCCUGGCCCCAGAGAUGAAGAGGAGCAGCGAGGUGAUCCGGGAACUCACCAAACGGGGCAUCUGUGUCUCACUUGGUCACUCAGUGGCUAAUCUGUCCCAGGCUGAGGAGGCUGUGCAGCAUGGUGCAACCUUCAUCACUCACCUCUUCAAUGCAAUGUUGCCGUUUCACCAUCGCGACCCUGGGAUCGUGGGGCUGCUGACGAGUGACAAGAUUCCUGCUGGGCGGAGGGUCUUCUACGGCAUGAUCUCUGAUGGCAUCCACACCAACCCCGCUGCCCUGCGUAUCGCCCACCGAGCCCACCCUAAAGGCUUGGUGCUGGUGACAGAUGCGAUCGCCGGCAUGGGACUGGCACCAGGCCGGCACACGCUGGGGCAGCAGGUGGUGGAGAUCGAUGGGCUGAACACCUACAUUGCAGGCACAAAGACCCUGAGCGGCAGCGUGGCAACCAUGGACACGUGUGUGCGGCACUUCCAAGAAGCCACAGGGUGCUCAGUAGAGACUGCAUUGGAGGCAGCGUCUCUGCAUCCGGCCCAGCUCCUGGGGAUUGAACACAAAAAGGGGACACUAAAUUAUGACUCCGAUGCAGAUUUCCUGAUGCUGAAUGAUCGUCUGUAUGUGCAAGCCACGUACAUCGCAGGCGAGGAAGUCUGGAGACAGGAUGCAUUCAGCAUGUGAUGCUGGGCUGUCCUGGUGCCCUUGGAGGCUCCCUGGCGCUGUGGUUAGCAGCUUGGGUAACCACUCCCCUUCUCUUUUAUUUUUUAAUUCCUUCCUGCAACUCCCUUAAAGGAGCCUCAUACCAAAGAGCUGCGUUUUCCAGCGCAACUGCUGCUUCCAGUUACAGCCACGCCUGCAACAAAUCUGCUGGUGCUCACUUGGUGGAGUAGGGAAGGCAGGCAGAUCUGUGUUGGAGGGGGAUUAUCAGAGUCCCAGCAGCAACCUGAAGGAUCACACAGCUCUCCUGCACGGAGUCCCCAGACAGAGGUGCUCCUGUUGCCAUCUCACAGCGGUGUGAAGCUGUCCCAACCUUUGCACUGUUUUAUACAGCACACACUAACCUGCCCCGUGCCCGAGGCAGGCUCAAGCCAUUUCCAUUCCUUUGCCUGCUCUUCGCCUUGCUCCUGGGCAGCCGUGGCUGGUUAAACAUCGGCUUUCACCAGCUCAGCUUGCAGCUCUCCACCUUAAAAGGUUCCUGUUGUGUCAGCAGAAGUGAAGGAUCACAUUCUGAUUUCCCCUCCUGUUUCCUCGGAGCAAGGCUGUCACCACUCGCCAGCUCGGUGCCAUUGUGGGGCUGUGAAUCCAUGUGGGCUGAAUCCUCAGGGCAGAGAUCAAACCCAGGAAAAACAAGGCAUUGCUGGUCCUUUGUGCCUUUUCCCUGCAUGGACAUUGAGUCCACAGCACAUGGUUUUGGCUGGAGACAUGGACAGCAUCCUGCCAUAGAAAGCAAUGUUCCUCUUAACCCAGAGGUUAAGAGGUGUGCCCAGCCACACCUUGUAGAGCAUCAUCUGGUGGGCUUGUGCAUUCCUCAGGCCACACUCAGAAGCUUUUGCUUUCUGGGAUGCACCCAGACUGGUGGUGACAGGCUCACGAGCCCUCGGUCCAGCUCAGGGAUGGAGGGAGAGAACUGCAGGCCGUUCAGGGCAGUUGCUGAUAGCUCAUUAUUCAUGUGUUCAUUAUUAUCUUCUCCAAUACUUGACUGUCAGCUCUUUUCCUGACACUUAGACACUUCUUUGUGAACACUGAUGCUGAUUUCAAACCUGCUGCAGUCAGAAAAGCCUUCCCGUAAGCCUCAACCUCUGAUAAGCCUCAAACCAAUUUGAUGGGGUUUGUAGUGAGGGCAGGGCUUAGACAAGGGCUAAGUCUUAGCAAGGGUGGAUAUUGUAAGGCAAGACAAAAAUCUGGUCGAGAUUAGCAGAAGUGUGCUGAUUUUUCCCAUACUUUUUAAAAAUCUGUAACAGCAAUGUUUGGAAGUGCUUUCCUAGCACUUCAGAGCCCUGCUGGAAUAACUGGCAGCCUUGGAGAAUUUCUAACAUCAACUGCCAAUGUCAGCAGAAACUGUAACCUCCACAAUUUGAAAGAGACAUCAAAUACUGCGCUGUGAGACGUGCCGUGCCGCUGCAUUACAAAUCUCAGCGGGGGCACUUUUGACUGCUGUUGGGGAAAAAAAAAAAAUCAAGGGGGGGAAAAAUGCAUAUGAAACAAGGUGUCU